UAGCAAGGGAGUGGCCACUAAAGGACCAUGAGCUCAUCCAGGCUCCCACAGGCUCCCAAGGCUCUAGCUGCAGGUCCCAACUCCCCUGAGCUGUUUGAGGAGUCCUGGCCAUCCAGUUCAGGGACCCCUUCCUCACCCAGCACCACUGAGGGACACAUGGGGGCCUCCCCACCACCCACUCUGAUUGACAGCGGGGACUCCGUGGUGGCCAAGUACAUAAACAGGUUCCGCCAGGCUCAGCCCACAAGCCGAGAGGAACGUCAGCCUGCAGGCCCAACCCCAGCUGACUUUUGGUGGCUGCGGCCUGAGUCUCCAGACCCCAGCAGUCAACUUGCAGCAGAAGCCAAGGAACCAGAAGGAAGAUGCCAUACAGCAGACCCCAAUCCUGCCAAGAUGGCCAGUGUAUCUCAGGCUGCAGCUCCCCUUCAGGAAAUAAAGCAGAACCUCAACACAUGGAACUCAUCUCUGCUGGACCUGGAGACGCUGAGCCUACAGAGCAGAGCUGCCAGGCUGCUCAAACGCAGCAAGGCCUCCACCUCCUCCUCCUCCCUCAGCCCCAGCGACGCCAGCACCUCCUCAUUCCCCGUCAGCUCAGAUGGCCUCUCUCCCUUCUCCAUGAACUUCACCCCUGACUCCGGCAAGGGCUCUGGCCCCAGGGCACCCGCUUCCCCCACAGCAGCCCCGGCCCCGGGCCCUGCUCCAGCCCCAGCCUCCUCCCGGGCACCCCUUCGGCCAGAGGAUGACAUCCUGUACCAGUGGCGGCAGCGGCGGAAGCUUGAACAGGCUCGAGGAGGCCAGGGUGACGGAAGCUGGGUGCCGUCCCGGACCCCUGCCCUCACCCCUGGGACUUCCUAUGCCCCUGCGGAGACCCUUGGUUCUCUGGGAACUCAGCCUAACUGCGCCCCCCUGUGGGGCGGUGUAGCCCGGCCUGGUCCCCCAGAGGCCGUCUAUGUGGAGAGGCCUCCUUUUCCCCCAGUGUCUUCUCCACACUUCUUCUGGGCCCCCAGCCCCCACGGAUUCUUCUGGGCCCCACAGUCCAUUCCCUGGGUAUCUCUUGGGGCUGUUCCUCCCACGCAGCCAGCCUCCACCCCGGCUCCCCCGGCCUCCGCCCCGGCUCCCCCAGCCUCCGCCCUGGCUCCCCCAGCCUCCACCCCGGUGCCCCUGGCCUCCACCUCAGUUCCCUUGGCCUCUAUCCUCACCCCCGCUGCCGCCCUCCAGGGCCCACCCACCCCUGAGCCAAGCAGCUCUGUGCAGCCCAAGAGACUGGGCCCCAAGCCUCGCAGGGCCCGGCGAGAAGCUACUGAGCGAGUCACCACAGCUGGUGAGAGUCCUGGCCCGCAGCUCAGGGGCGCUCUGGGCCAGGUAGUGACAGCCCGGCUGUUCCCUGACAGCCUGGAAGACACGCCCCCUUGCCUGGAGGGCCCACCUCUAGCCAAGGCUAAACCUCAGAAAGCCAAGGCCAUACACCCCAAAACCACUGUUAUGCCUCCUCACUCAGAGGUCAUGCCCCCUCUGUCAGAAUCACAGUGUCAAUCUAAAGCCAAGGCUGUGUCACCCCCAGCGGGGUCAGUGCUUUGGAAGAGCAAAGCCACUGCUUCCCCUGAAGCGGGGUAUGGGCAGCCCAAGGCCCCACCCCCUCCAGCUGCGGAGGCGUCCGCGGUGGCGGUGGCCACGCCCCCUCCGGCUGCUGGCCACGCCCCCUCGGAGGACGUGCUCUCCCAGGCCACCCGACUUCUGGAGGCUGCUGAAGACUCUGAUGGCAGCGAGUUCCAGGACGACCCUGUGCUGCAGGUGCUAAGGGCCCAGAGGGCAGAGCUGCGUCAGGAGAAAAGGAAAGUGGAUGCCCGAUUAUCCUUCCUGUUGAACCCUGUGGAAGACCCGGGAUCUCGGUCCCCUCCAGCCAGGUCGCCUCCUAGGUCCCCAAGGAGGCUGCUGCGAAGGGAAGGAGACUCCCUGGAGGCCAGACGACUUUGAAUUGUAUAAACUCUCUUUUAUCCGAUGAAACAUUUUUUUCAGGUUGCAGGUUAUCUCUGAGAAAAGUGCUGUUCUGGAAAGGCCAAGGGUCA